AUGGAGGAGAGUAAUGGGCCUCAUCAUGAUCGAAGUUGUGUUUACAAUCAGAGCAACAUAGUAGAUGGAGUUUACUGCCUCCCAAUAGCACACUGGAUUGAAGUCUCCGGACAUACUGAUGAGAUGAAACAUACAACUGACUUCUAUUUUAAUAUUGCAGGACAUCAAGCUAUCCAUUACUCCAGGAUUCUGCCAAACAUCUGGCUGGGAAGUUGCCCUCGACAGCUGGAGCAUGUGACCAUCAAGCUGAAGCAUGAGCUGGGUGUUACAGCUGUGAUGAACUUCCAGACUGAAAACGACAUUGUUCAGAAUUCCUGGGGCUGCAACCGUUACCCAGAACCCAUGAGCCCUGAAAUCCUCAUGAAACUGUAUAAAGAGGAAGGUCUUGCCUAUAUCUGGCUGCCAACUGCGGACAUGAGCACUGAAGGAAGAAUACAGAUGUUGCCACAAGCUGUCUGCCUCUUGCACGGGCUGCUGGAGAAUGGACACACUGUCUAUGUUCACUGCAAUGCUGGCGUUGGCAGGUCUACAGCUGCUGUCAGUGGAUGGCUGAAGUAUGUGAUGGGAUGGAGCCUGCGCAAAGUGCAGUACUUUUUGGCUUCCCGGAGACCAGCUGUCUACAUAGAUGAAGAAGCCCUGAAUCGUGCUGAAGACGAUUUCUACCAGAAAUUUGGGCAUCUUCGCCCCUCAUACCAAAUACAAGAGUAG